UGUAUGCCUCGUGGCCGAACUCUCCUUCAGUGUGACGUUGCUGUAGUUCCGCGAGCCUAGUGCCUAUUGGAGGAAUAUACGAAAUAUUUGUAGUUUUACGGUGCCUUCGACGGUUGUAGAAAUCCUGUCUGUCUAACGCUCGCUCUUCUCUGCGGACUUCUUUGAAACAAACACACUUCAGAGCUAACGAUUUCCAAUCUCUGCUCCUCCUGCCACAGCACCAACAGCAGCAUCAACGGCAACGCGCGCAAACACUGGAAUCUCCGACGGCAAUCUCAAAGGAAUACUUUCUGAACUAAAAUCAGACGCAGAGGCCAGCGCGGACCGGGAGUGCACUCUCCAGCGACCCUCCAGGAAGAACAGGACAGGGCAGGACCUCAUCAAGACACGCCCGUAAAGCGACAGCCCCAAGAUGGCGGCCUUCAUAGCCAAGCAAAUGGUUGGAAACCAAUUAAGUGCCGUUAAAGAUGCUGCAGGCGGCGGAGGUGAUGGCGGCGAUGAUGGCGAUGACAAGGAAAAGGCAGAGGAGGAGGAGAGGGAGCGUCAGGAGGCCAUCCGCGAGGCCGAGGAUCGGCGCAAGGAGAAGCACCGGAAAAUGGAGGAGGAGCGCGAAAAGAUGAGGCAAGACAUUCGCGAUAAGUACAACAUCAAGAAGAAAGAGGAAAUCGUUGAGGCGGCACCGCAAGAAGAGCCCAAUCCUCUGAUGCGGAAAAAGAAGACGCCCGAGGAACUGGCCGCCGAGGCGGAGCAGGAGGAGCUCGACGAUUUCACAAAACUGAAAAAUCAAAUAGAAACGCAAGUAAAUGAGCUAAAAACUCAAAUAGAGGGAAAAUGUGUCAUGCAGUGAUAUGUCAGUCAUCAUAAAAGCAAAAUAAACAAACAAAAAUAAAACAAACAAAACGUAUAAUAGUACCACAAGUAACAAUUCAAAUAAAAAACUAACCGAUUAACGAUGAACGAUAAACGAUGAACGAUGAACGAUGAAAUUUAUUUAACACAUCCCGAACUUGAAUUUGUUAAUACUUAUGAGAUCCGUUGAGUUUAAUCAUUGGAACCGCAAUCGAAACGAAUAUAAGUCCUUAGAAAGCUAGCCCAAUGCUAGCUCGUAACGUAACCCGGCAGCAAUAAUCGAGAUAAAUCGAGCGAUGCAAUCUACAAUUGAGUUUUUGGCAAAGCCUCCAAUGCGGUGUACUAAAGCGUACAAAUAAUAUAUUAACAGCUAAUAGAUAUAUUUCGGAUAACGAAAUAAUGAAGGAGACAUGCGAAUGCGAUUAAAAAUGCGAACAGGACGGUGAACUCCUAAGGAACUUUAAGGUAGCUAAAGCAUAAACCGAAUUAUUUAAAACCAAAAAUAGUAAACGCCUUUAAUAAUACAUAUUCAAAUCACUUUGCUUCGAUGAUAAUGUAAUAUACUCAACCCCAAUAUACAAUACAUAACCGUUGUUUAGUUAAUAACAUACAAUAAAUUAACGAAACGAAACUAAAUGAAACUAACGAAACCGCGGCACUCGUACGAUGCAAAACCAAAUCGAAACUAAAAGAAUAAAUCUAAAAACACAAAUAAAAGAAAAUUAAAAAUAAAAAAAAAAUUAACAAAUAAACACCUAAAAUAAGCAAAAAGCUAAAAAAAAAAGAAAAGAAUAUAAAUGAAAAAACCAAAAACCAAUUAAGCGAAUGGUGCGACAGAGGAGGUUGCUGAAUCAUGUCGAACCGUCGAAAUACGUUGCUGAAAUCACUUUUGGACUUUAUUCCAUAAAUGAGUAUGGGAAGAUUAUGAACUAAAUCGGCGCAUAUGUUGUAAUUGCCAUUCGAAUAUAUAAGUAUAUAUACAUACAUAUAUACACAUGUUAUGUAUAUUUCCAUGAAUUUAACCACAGAAAAUUAAUCACAUUUGCAAACGAAUUGACUGCGAAGACGUUGAAAUUAUUGCUGGUUCUCAAAACUGAUCGAUGAUCGAUGAUCGAUGAUCGCCUACAACCCAACCCAGAACUAUCCAUACUAUCCGAAAUAUAAAGUUUCAGUCAGUUUGUUUUCGAUAUUGCCAGAGAAAUCUAUCUUCUUUAACAGCUUUAACAGUUACAUUUCGUUUCUUUCCUAUACAAAAAUACAUACCCACACUACAAUUGAGAGUUUAAAAUCUUUCGAGACAAUUACUGAUCUCACUGAUUGAUGCUUCUGAAAUACAUGUCCUCUCGGUGUUUUAUGUAUGAUAUAUCAUCAUCAACAACAACAACAACAACAAGAACAACAACAACAACAGCACAAGAAAACCACUACAGCCAGUACAAGAACAAGAACAACAUCAACAUCAACAUCAACUACAUCUACAGCAAAAGUAACUAACAAAAGUAACGUUAUACAUCAUAUACAUAUGUAUUGUAUAUAUAUAUGUACGAGAUGAACUACUCGUUAUCGAGAAAACUACAACUACAAAUGCCCACAGCACAGCCAACAACAACAACAACAACAACACAUGAACAUGAUGAACAUGAACAUCAACUCAACUCAAUUCAAUUCAACCUACCUAUCAGAUACUCGUAUCAGAUCAGAUCAUGACAGUUUGCUACAAGUUUUUCUUAACAUAUUUCUGAACGUUGUGAACUUCAUUUGUACUAUAUAUGGCUAAUCUUUAAAAACAAGCAAACAUACACAAAUCCAUAUGCACAUAAAUACAUACAUACACACAUCCACACUAGUCACAUGCAUUUAAAUAGCAAAUAUGGUGUUGUAAAUGCUUAAUCUACAUACAUAUUAUACUAACAUAUAUACAUAUGUACAGAUCCACAACCAACUACUAACAACCAACAAGAAAUAUAUGUACAAUUCGCAUAAAAAGUUACCAUUUAAUGAAAAUACUUAUGAAAAUGAUGUUAUGUUAUGAUGAACAAUGAAUAUAUUACUAUAUACUCGUAUAAAGGGGUGCCGAGACCUAGACCGACACCGAGACCCGACCCGCGUCUAUCAGUAAAAACAUCGCUCUCUCAGAUUCUUCUUGACCAUUCUUGACUCCAUAUGUUUCUUGUACACAUAUCGGCCCGGCAGCAAUACUACGAUGAUCGUAGCGCUCCUCAACGCCUCUCUCUGUCAAUCUAAUAAAGCAAUCCCCUAGUGCCCCAUGCAUCGCUCUAUACAAAGUUAGGAACGAUCGAACUAAUGAAAGAAUGCCUUAACGUGGCUCACAUGACUAGACCAUGAGUAGCGAAUAGAUGAAUAUGAUGAUGAUGAAGACGAUGAUGAAGAGAUGGUGAUUCUACCAAAGGAAAUGGAAUCCACAAUUCUUAACUGUUGCUUUAACCCACUUGUACUAAUGUACUACUACGAUACUAGAGCUACGAUACUACUUAUGUAGCUGCGUUUCCCUUCCGCAUUCCAAUCUAGUUUUACUAAAUCCGAAUCCAGAUACUCGUAUCUUAGCUAUGCUCCUUUCGAACUCGAAACUCUAUAAGCUCUACUCGUAUAAAAUAAAUACGUAUUGAAAAUGUUUACCUAGAUUCUACAAUAUCCAUUGCGUUUUUCUCUCAAAUACUUAUACGAUGUAUCGAUGUAUGGACGGUCAGUUGAAUUGUUUAAUAUAUUGAAUAAACAUUAAUAAAGAAAGCCAACAGCAACUUGAACAUACAAUAUUAUUCAAUCAUUAUCAAGUUUUAACGUAAUCAUAAAUGUUUAAAAUGUUAAAUGGUUCAGCCGAUUUUGAUUUUGUUCGUUUGUUUAAUAUUGUGUUACCGUUAAUAUUAUAGUUAUGAUAAUGUAUGUAUAUGUGUAUCAGAAAGUUCAUACAAGCAGAUGAUUAUACAUUAUUAUCUAUAUACAAUAUAUAUAUGUAUAUGUGUAACUUAAUAGGGAAAUGAAUUUAAUAGAGAAACAACAGACAAAAAUUAUAAAUAAUAAUGUUGGAAAGAAUACCAUUCAAGUCAUUAUUAGAUGUGAAAGCAGUUCUAUACACAACAAAGGAUAAACAAAAACAAAAAUGAAAA